AUGGAGUGUCUGGAGCGCCGCUGCCGCGACGCCGCCACCUUCGACUUCUGGACCGACUACCUGGGGCUGUGCGCGCUGGUGGGCCCGGCCCGGCCUCCCGCCGCCCCCGCCGCCCGCUCGCUGCCGGCUGCGCCCUGCCCCUGCUGCGCGCCCGGCCCCGCCGCCGCCCUGCGCGACCUGGAGCAGCGCUUCGCCCGGCUGCGCCCCUUCCAGCCCGCCGGCGGCCGGGCCUCGGGGGGCGGCUGCGCGCCCGGCCCGGGCCCCUUGGAGCUGCUGGGCGCGGAGCGUGGGGGGCGCAGGGGGCCCCCCGGGGGCAGCCGGGCCAAGCCGGAGCCCAAGAUCUGCGUCUUCUGCCGGAACAACGGGGCGCCCCAGGAGGUGUUCGGCUCGCACGUGCUCAAGAGCCUGGACGGGCGGGUGCUGUGCCCGAUCCUGCGCGCCUACACCUGCCCGCUGUGCAGCGCCCGCGGGGACAACGCGCACACCGUCAAGUACUGCCCGCUCUCCCGCCGGCCGCCGCCGCGCCGCGCCCUGCCGGGCCGCCGCCUGCGCCUCUUCUAGCGCCCGGAGCAGCCGCCUGCGCCUCUUCUAGCGCCCGGAGCAGCGCGUCCUGCCGGGCCGCCGCCUGCGCCUCUUCUAGCGCCCGGAGCAGCCGCCUGCGCCUCUUCUAGCGCCCGGAGCAGCGCGUCCUGCCGGGCCGCCGCCUGCGCCUCUUCUAGCGCCCGGAGCAGCCGCCUGCGCCUCUUCUAGCGCCCGGAGCAGCGCGUCCUGCCGGGCCGCCGCCUGCGCCUCUUCUAGCGCCCGGAGCAGCCGCCUGCGCCUCUUCUAGCGCCCGG